CAAACUUCACUCUCUCUCCAUUAAAUUCGUCUCUUCUAUCGCAAUACUUUUUCGUGCUUCGAGCUUGUUCAGAUCCGAGGUGGCAAAGACUGAGAGCUCCAUUCUUUUGCCGAUCGACUGAGAUAGUUCAUGGCUGACACGAGGCGAAACGUGCUCGAUAUUCAGCAAAUACUUAUGGACGCACAAGAUCGGUGGUUACGCCCAGCUGAAAUUUGUGAAAUUCUUAAAAACUACAAAAAGUUUCCAAUUACACCAGAGCCUGCAAAUAUGCCUCCAAGUGGUUCUCUAUUUCUUUAUGAUAAGAAGACGCUCAGAUACUUCAGAAGGGAUGGGUAUAAGUGGAGGAAGAAAAUAGAUCGGAAGACAGUGGGGGAAGCUCACGAGAGACUCCACGUGGGAAAUGUUGACAUGUUGCAAUGCUAUUAUGCACAUGGAGAACAUAAUGAAUAUUUUCAGCGACGCAGCUAUUGGAUGCCCGAAGAGUGAGUUUUCUGUAAGGUCUUAAUAGAUAAUCUUCAAAGAAUAAGGUUAUUGGGAUAAAAAGGCUAUUCAUUAUGAAUAAUUUAUCUUCUGUGCGUGUGUUUGGUGGGGGGAUGUGGUUCUGUAUAUGUAUAUGUAUCUGUAGAUAGAUAAGGCACAUAGUUGACAGCUAAAAAAAAAAUUGCUUUUAAGUAUGUUAGAGUAAUUAGAUAUUAAACUUUGCCUUCAUAUAAAAGCUUAAAGUUUAAAACAGUUGACUAUGGUCCCACAAAAUCUCACAUUGUAUCAAAGCCACGAGAUCGUAAGUUCAAAUCUUUCUGAGCUUUAUUUGCCUCCCUGAUUAAAUGUGUCAAUCUUAGUACUAGGUAAAAAGAUCAAACUAAGCAUAAGGGAUAAUAUUAGAGUAAUUAAAUAUUAAAUUACGCCUUUAUCUAAAAAUUAAAGCUUUCAUAAUAGUUGACUGUGGUUCCAACAAAUCUCACGAGUUAAUUACUUUAGUUAGUUUGGUACUUUAUAAUGCUUUCUUUGGACAAUAAGUUGAAAAUAAUUUCUUUCUCUUCUUGGUAAAGGAGAGAUUAUAAUAGGAGAACAUCAUUGGAACUCAUUCAGGGGAAAGCAAAAUGUCUUGACUGCAGUUUUCUCUUGUUCCAUCUUUUUGCUGACUGUUACAGGGAGCUCUCGCACAUUGUUCUGGUACACUACCGUGAAGUAAAGGUGCUUUUAUUACCUUUUGAUUUCCCCUUUUUCUCCCGCGCUAUCGUCUCUUUUCAAUCUAAACACUGCUGCUGGCAUAGUGUUGCCUCGCCGCAAUUAACAGUGUUUUAGAAUCAACGUUUAUACGAGUCAUUUGAAAAUGGUUUAUAACUGACAAGGGAUUUGAUUGACUUUAGCAGGCUCAUGAAGAGGGCAGCUCUUGGGGACCCGUGUCAUCUUGUGGGAGCUCGGCACAUUCAGAGGUCACGUUUGAGGGAAUGGAGGCACAAUCAGAGCUCACGUGGGAGGAAAUGGUGUUAAUAUCUGGAAGUUACAGUACAUUUGCAACCAGGAGAUGGUCCCUGAUAAAGUCAGUAGUUACCUUUCUGUGCCUCCUUUUCAGAAAUCGAAAAAAAAACAGGGGGUUUUACGGUCCUGUCUUUAGCUUACAUGGGAUGCAUGGAGUGAGCGUUGGAGGGACUUCAUCUGUGGCACAAUCAGAGCUCACGUUUGAGGGAAUGAUGUUAAUAUCUGUAAGUUACAGUACAUCUGCGACUCGGAGAUGGUCCCUGAUAAGGCUGGUAGUAACCUUUCUGUGCUUCCUUUUCAGACUACGGAGGAUAAGAAACAGGGCACAUUCAAAACGCAUGUUUCACAGAAUGCCAGUAUCUUCUGGAACUUACAGUACCUCUGAGCUUGAAGACAGUCAAGCGUCGAAAAUAAUUAGCUUAUUGGAGAUGGAUGUAAAUGACGUACAAAUUAUUGGAAUCCAUGGGAGAGAUGGCAUUGGAAAGACUGCUCUUGCGAAGAUCGUAUAUAACAAAAUCUCCCUUCACUUUGACGGUUGCAGUUUUCUUGCGGAGAUUGAAGAAACGAUGCGGCAUCCUGGUGGUGUUCAGUAUCUUCAAACCAAGUUGAUCUUUGAUAUUUUGAAAAGAGAGUAUGAGGUUGCUUCUGCUUUCAAAGGACUAAGAUUUUUGAAAGAAAUAUGUAGGAAUAUGAAAGUUCUCCUUGUUCUCGAUGAUUUGGAAAAUGGUUCCCUCCUCAAGGAGUUUGUAGGAGCUAAGCUUGAUUGGUUUGGUUCUGGAAGUAGAAUAAUUGUCACCUCAAAACAAAGAAGCAUUCUUCAAGGCUUUGUUGAUCAAGGGAUGGCUCGUACUUACGAUGUUAGUCCAAUGGAUGAUAAUCGAGCUUUCAACCUUUUCAGGCAGUAUGCAAUGGGAUUGAGUUAUAAACUACAUCGUUAUGAUGAAAAUGCAAACACAAUAGUCAAGGCUGCGGAGGGACUUCCCUUACUUGUCAAAGUUUUCGGUUCUUUUUUGCAUGGUAAAGGACAAGAAGAAUGGAUUAAAUUCAAAGAUCUCAUGCAACUAUUUCAGGAAGAUUACCAGAAGAUUCUGGGCAUAAUUUAUGAAGCAUUAGACGAAAAGCAAAAGCAGAUGUAUCUUGAUAUUGCAUGUUUUCUCCCAGAUGUGGAUUGUAGGAUUGCCUCAUAUAUGUGGCAUCAUUAUGAUCGUCCUUAUGAUGAGAUCGAGGUCCUUUGUCGUAGGUCCCUAAUAAAAAUGGAAGAAAAUAAAAUAGGCAUGCACAGCAUGCUAAGGUGCCUUGCCAGGAAGAUAGUUUAUCAAGGUUUUCGUGAUCCAGGAGCAUGUGUUAGAUUCUACGUUCCUGCCAUAGCCCACGACACAAAGAAGAGGAAAAGGGGAACAGACCACCUUAACACUAUUAUGGUAGGCUUUGAGAUCCUACCGAGCACGACAUUUCUCAGCUUGGGUCGCGCCAAUAUUGGUGGAAGAUUUGCAGAUGCCUUAUUGAACGUUCGGUGGCUUCACUGGCAAGGGUGCCCUCCAGAUUUUGAAGCAAACAGCAUUCAUUUAGGGAACCUAGUUAUUCUUGAUCUUUCGUGGAGUAAGGUUACAGAAUCCUGGGGAGGUUGGAAAGGAAUUAAGAUGGAGCGGUUGAAAGUCAUGAAUCUUACAGGUUGUGUGGACUUAUUAGUUAGCCCCAGCUUCUCUUGUUACCCAAAUUUGGAGAUAUUGAUCAUGGAGCGAUGUUCUCGAUUGGUUCAUUUGGAUCCUUCAAUUAAUGAUCUGAAGCUCUUGGUUUCCCUGAAUAUGAGGUUUUGCUCCGAACUUUACAUGUUGCCGGUGGAAAUGGAUGGGAUGAAUGCUUUGAGAGAUCUCCUAAUUGAUGGCACUUCCAUUCGAGAACUUCCUGAGUCGAUAGGUAGAUUGGUUCGACUGCAAAUUCUUAGUGCCACUAAUUGCUCCUCUUUGGUUCGUGUCCCUGGUUCAGUUUGUGAACUUAAAUCUCUUUCAGUGCUAGCCUUGGAUAAUGCAAAAAUUCUUGAACUCCCCGAGUCAAUUGGAGACUUGGAGGAACUUAGAUGCCUGUCUUUGAGGGAUUGUCGUGAGCUAGGAAAGCUUCCGGAAUCCAUUGGCAAGUUGGAAGACUCACUAGUAGAGUUGGAUAUCUCGGGUACAGGUAUAUCAAGAUUGCCCGAUUCAACUAAAAACCUACGGAUUUUGAAAGUGCUGAAGAUGGAUUCUUGUUUCAUAAGAGAAUUUCCUUGUGACAUAGGACAGUUGAUAAACUUGGAAGUAGUCCAUGCCUCCUGGUGCAGGAGUUUGGAGGGAGUCAUUCCUAGUGAUAUUUCGAAACUACAUCGUCUCAGAGAACUGAGGCUUCGGGGUACACGUAUAUCCAGCCUUCCAUCAGAAAUCCAGUUCAUGUCAAGUCUUCAGACUCUGGACAUGCUACACUGCCACAUUCUCAAAAAGUUGCCUACCCUGCCCUCUAACCUAAUUAACCUAUAUGUCGAUCCCAACUUGAUGCCAUAAAUGUAAGAAUCUUAAAAAUUCUGCCAUAGGUGGUAUUUAUCGUGAUAAAUAAUACAAUGUUAGUUUGGAUUAGAUGGUUGAAUUUUGUCAUUUGUUGUGCUUAGUAGGGUUGAUUAGAUUAUGCCACCCGCAAUUUCAAAUUUGUGUCGACCUACUCUUCUCAAUCGAAUAUGUUUCCCUCUUUCUUCUAUUUUUCUAUAUUUCAUAUCAAUGUGAUGGAUAUGUAUCAAUUUAGCGUAGUCAUGAAUUUCAAUGA